AUGAAGUUCCAACUCUUCACCAUCAUCGCUCUUGUCUCUGCCGCCUCAGCCGGCUUGAUCAAGCGAGUUGAUGUCAACAUUCCCUCCAUGACAGACGCACAGGGCAACGUUGUGGUCUUCAACGCUGCCGAGGUUCCCACCAGGAAGCGACGAGCCAUCGCCGAGCAGCAGAAGCAACAGCAGCAGCAAAAGAAGAAGUACUGA